AUGGCAGAGUUUGUUGAUUCCUUGUUGAAAAUAAGCAAUUCGCCGGUUUUACAACAAUUUUUACAUGACUGUAUCGAUGAUUUAACCGGCAUAAAACAGGCGAGUUUUGACAACUACAAUAGCGACAUCGAGUGGACGGUUGACGACUUCAACAAAGCCAAAAAAUGUGUUCAAAAAAUUUGCCGCGAAAGUGUUAUCAACAACGAUUUCGAUUUAAAAACUGAUUUUGGAGAGAAUGUGCAAGAUGAAAUUCGAAAGUGUCUCGAGUUGCGGAAGGAUGAUAUUUUUCAAACACUUGUAAAGGAGAAGUUAGUAAGUAGUGGACAUAACUUGGUUCAAAAUAUUGACUGGAAAGUGAAGUGGGUCCUCGGAAACUCGAAAUUAGCGGCAGUGAGAGAACCAUUGGUACAAGUGGAUCUGCACUGUGUGAAAAACGAUGACGAUAAAUCAAAGAAAAACACGGUUAAUUUUGAGGCGAAUCUCGAAAUGUUGGAUGUUUUAAUCGAACAGUUGCAAAAAACUUGUGAUGAAUUGAAUAAUAAAUGA